UCGCAAUGUGGUGCGUGAGUGGCUUCUACUGGGAGGACGGGUCUCAUCAAGACGGUAAGAAAGGUGACACCUGGUGAGUUGAAGCGGGAACGAAGGCGUCACAAGCCACGGUGGCUGCACAGCCACACCACCCCUGCAACAAUUCCCGCGACCAUCUGAACCUCCACCAACUCACACCACCCUCUUUCACGAGCCUCAGCCUCACCCUUGGGGAUGGUCCUGCAGAUCCUAUCAGGAUGGCGCCGUCUCAGGGAGACUUCCACACCCGCCAAAGCCCCUGAUCCCUUCGAGCCAACGCCUAUCCUCGCGCUCGCCUUCCGAGCUCCAGUGAAGCUCCUCCUCUAUCACACGUACCACGUCAUAAACCUCCUCCGCUCUACGCCCACCCCGCCCGAACGUCCGAUUCGAGUAGUAUGUAUGUCGGACACACAUAACCACAUUCCAGAGCAUGUGCCGGGCGGGGAUGUCCUGAUUCAUGCAGGGGACAUGACGAACAAUGGGAGUAUUGAGGAGAUACAGAAACAGGUGGAUUGGCUAGCGUCUCUGCCGCAUAAAGAGAUUGUGGUGAUCAGCGGGAAUCAUGACACCUAUCUCGACCCACGAACCCGGCCUUCUCUUCCGGGAGACCAGCGAACUGGCACAAUUGACUGGAAACGAGUCCACUACCUACAGCACCGCAGACUGAGCCUCACAAUCGCAUUCGACCCCCGGGAUAGAGAUACCGAUUCAAUCAAUUCCAGAACACAUCUACUAGCGCGAGAGACUCGGCAUCGGAGAAUAAUACUAUACGGCGCGCCGCAAAUACCGGCAUGCGGUCCGAUGAGCGUUCAUGCUUUUCAGUAUCCGCGGGGUCGAGAUGCCUGGUCGGAGACAGUGCCGGAGGAUACAGAUAUACUCAUUACGCACACGCCACCGAAAUAUCACAUGGAUCUGGCGCUUCCAAAUGGCAUGGGUUGCGAGCAUCUUACGACGGAGGUGAAGCGCGUGAAACCAACACUACAUAUAUUCGGUCAUGUACAUUGGGGAGCAGGGCACGAAGUCGUCUGGUGGGACGGCUGUCACGAUGCAUAUGAGAAGGGUAUGAGCAUCCAACCGAGGUGGGCAUGUGGGCUUUUGAACCCGUGGCUUUGGUUGAGUAUUGUAAGAGUUGCAUAUCGUGGUUUGAGAGGACUGAUCUGGGACCGAGUAUGGGGAGGGCAAGGCCCGCAUACAGUCAUGGUAAACGCCGCGCAGAUGUACGGGAAUACAGGACGACUAGGUAAUACUGCACAAGUCGUGGACAUAUGAGUUCCGCAGUCAUGACACCGACAUAGAUAUUGUAGUGUAUAAAAGCAUAGUCACAUUGUUGGACGGACGCAUUCCAGUGCAAGGCAAGGGCAUCGAUUCAGACUGAGAACAUUCUGUUGCAUUACCUCGACGU